CUUGCCCAGUUCACCGCUAUGGCGAAAACUGCAGCCAGGAGUGUCCCUGCACCAACGGAGCCUCAUGCCACCCAGUCACGGGGCAAUGCCUCUGCGCGCCAGGCUGGGUUGGUGCUGCGUGCCAGCAAGGGUGUCCACUGGGAUUUUACGGAUCCGGCUGCCGGCAGGAAUGUCUCUGCCAACAGGGAGGAAUCUGCGAUCCGGUUUCUGGCCACUGCACCUGUCCGGAAGGGUGGUUUGGACUGGCAUGCGAGCUGGAAUGUGUCGAAGGUAAAUAUGGGCCGGGCUGCCAGAAAAGUUGCAGUUGCGUUAACGGAGGCCGGUGUGACCAGAAGAGUGGAAAAUGCCUUUGCCUUGACGGUUGGACCGGUGAAAAGUGCCAGAAAACCUGCCCCGAACGGACGUAUGGGAAAGGCUGCCAGGACACGUGUAACUGUGAACACGGGGUCUCAUGCGAUCCCAUCACGGGGGCAUGCAACUGUCCGCCCGGGUGGCGUGGAAGCCGUUGCGAGAAAGCCUGCCUGCCCGGUUCGUUUGGGAAGAACUGCACCAGCCAGUGUGACUGUCCCACGGGGUCUCCCUGCGACCACAUCACCGGCCAGUGUGGCUGUCUUCCCGGGUUCACGGGCCACGGGUGCGAAAGGCCCUGCCCGCCUGGCACCUUCGGAGUGGGGUGCGCGCACAUUUGUCGGUGUGCUGGCACGAACCACGACUGCCACCCGGUGAGUGGGAGGUGCGUCUGCGCCCCGGGAUACCAUGGCAGCGGCUGCCAGCAGAAGUGUCCGUCGGGACGCUACGGGCCAAAUUGCGAGAGGUUGUGUCAGUGUAAGAACGGCGGCCGUUGCGUGGCCACAACGGGGGCGUGCCAGUGUCUGGCUGGCUAUAUCGGCGCCGAUUGUAACGUAGCUUGUCCGAGGGGUCGUUACGGGACCGACUGCGCCCUUCCCUGUCCGUGUGGCGAAAACGUCCCUUGUCACCCGGAGUCCGGAUCCUGCCUCUGUCCGCCGGGCAAGUCCGGUCCCAGGUGCGAAGAAGGCUGCCCCGCCAAUCGUUACGGGUUGAACUGCAGCCAGAUGUGCGCUUGUCAAAACCAGGCCGCCUGCCUGCCAGAAGAUGGAACCUGCCUCUGCGGGCUCGGCUGGACCGGGAUCCGGUGUGAUGAAGGGUGCCCCCCGGGGAAAUAUGGGGCCAACUGUCAGCUGAACUGCACUUGCCAAAGCGAUGGGAUUUGUGAUCCGGUCACCGGGAUCUGUCGGUGCAGGAAAGGCCGUUACGGGAACCAGUGUGAACACGCCUGCCCGGAUGGAUUCCACGGGGCCGCCUGUCAAGAGCGAUGCGGCUGCCAAAACGGAGCCUCGUGCGAUCCGGGAUCCGGGGAAUGCUUCUGUCCUCUGGGGUUUCGCGGCCGCUACUGCGAAAAAGGCUGCGACGCAGGGAGAUACGGAGAAAAAUGCCAACGGGUGUGUGAUUGCGGCAGCAAAGCCCCGUGCGAGCCCUCCACCGGCCGUUGUCUCUGCCCUCCGGGGAAAACGGGAGCAAAGUGUGACCUUGGUUGCCAGCUUGGAAAAUUUGGUCCAGAUUGUUCUCAGACUUGUAAUUGUUCCUUGGAUAACGCUGUUUGUGAUGCCCAGAACGGACAUUGUGUGUGUCUUCAUGGAUACGUAGGAAUGACGUGUCGAGAAG